AGAGCGGCCGGUCGGCGGUGCGGGAGGUGACGGGGGAGGUGGUGUGUCGGUGUGACGGCGACUGACCCAUGGACUGAACAGACACUCGAGGGGAGAGGGGACCAAGAGGACUGCAAACGCCGAAACCGGGGGACCCGGCAGGACUCCGCCUCAGGUGGCGAUGCGUCUGUUCCGCCGGCGGGGGUCCGACUCGGCCCCCCAGCUGGUCAGCCUGUCUCCGCUGCGCAGAGAGGAGGGUGGGGACCCAGAGGACCCCGCCUCUCCACCGCUCAUCAAACCGUCCAUCAUCUACAUAUCAGCCGACGAGCAACACAAAAAAGACGUGUCGACGUGGGGCCGCCGGGUGGGCCGUCGUCUGUCCCGUCUGACCCGGUCGGGGAGCAGCGAACAAAUCAGCGGCUCCAGCAGCUCGGGACGCCGGCGGUGGCGCGUCUCGGAGCCCCGCACAGAGCACCGGAUAGAGCCCCGACCGGAGCACCGCCCGGAGCACAGACAGGAACACCGCCCGGAGCACCGGCCGGAGCACAGACCGGAUCACCGCCCGGAGCACCGCCCGGAGCGCCGCCCGGAGCGCCGCCCGGAGCCGGAGCCCGACCCGGAGACCCGCAGUCUGCGCGCCGAGCGCCGCAAGGUGGACAGGGUGGAGAGUAUCCGCAACCUGCUGCGCCGGCCGGUGGUGGCCGUGCGCGACCGCGAGCGGCGUGGAUCCGACACGGCGCUGCCGCUCACCCCGGUCACCGAGCAGCGCCAGUCGCGGCCGGCGCGGCCCGUCAAACGCAGCAUCAGUCUCUACAAGAGCGCCUCCACCAGCCACCUCGACAGCGACCUCAACAGUCUGAAGGAUGCGCUCCGACAGUCCCGUGAGCAGGGCGUCUGGAACCAGUCGGCCUACCUGCCCACUAAGACGAUGAGCUGCGACAAUAUCAUCGAGAUAGGUACUAAGAACGUGCUACCGCCGCCGGAGAGCCGGAGAUACCCCCUCUCCGUGCUGCCCGAGGAGCCGGGACCGGUCACCCUGCGCAGGAAGGUCACUAUUGGGGACGUCCGAUCUCGCAGUCACGAGGGUUUCCUCAGUGAUGGUCGGCCUCGGCGCUACCAACCAGCGCCGUCGGCAGGCCAGAGGCAGCGAAUGGGAGUGAUGGGCGGCGGCCAGCCGGCUGAGCACCGGUUCGUGUCAGCAGGAGGUCACACCGCGCGCAGUGUGGGUAACAUCACCAUCAGUCUGUCGGAGGGAGCGGUGGGCGGAGACAAACGUCCCCUCCACAUGGUCUGUUCUACGGAGAGCGGGUACGACAGCGACGGCACCCGACGCAGCGAGGGCUCUCCGCCGGGCAGCACGCGCCGCAUCAGCGUCCACAGCACCUCCAGCGAGGACAGCGGCAAACUAUCCACCCACGAGCUGCGGUCGGCCAGAGCGCGCACAGUGCCCGCCGACAUAGGAAGGGUUUCCGGCUCGGGGUACCAGACGCGUGUCAUCUCCAUAUCGCCGGAUCCCCGGGAGGAGGAGCGCUCGCCGUUCGCCUGCCAGCGCAGUAACACGGUGCUCCGCCAGCCGCCCAGCGAGCUGUGGUUCAGCGACGACGCCAACCUGUCCUCCUGCUCGGCCUCAGAGCCGGCAACGCCGCCAAAGAAGUUCAUACAGCACAAGUCGCGUCCGGCCAAGCCGCCGCGCAAGUCACUGCUGCGAGAGCAGGUGACGGAGAUCUCCACACAGACGUCGCUGCCGUGGGACCGCAGCCAGUAUGACGAGCUCUCAGACACGGAGAGUCUGUCCGGUCUGCACCGGAGCGACACGGUCCGCCGGCGGUAUCCCGAGCCGGGAGGUCACGGCCGCGCCGGCGACAGCGUCGACCCGCCCGAGCGCGGGCACACGGGCGUCUACUACGCUCGCCGGGCGCCCACCAUCGACCCGCGAUCCCGGUCCGAGAGUCACCUGCUGUCAGAGGGUUACGGUCGGUCCAGAUCGGAGAGCUACUCGCGGGACCGCGGGGAUCCCUCCGAGGUGCCGACCCGGGGCCGGAUCCGGAUGGGGACCCGGGAGGCAGCCCGCGAGCCGGGCCGGCCGCCGGCCCGGCCCCGAUCCACGGGUCACCUGGUGGCGGCCGGCGGCGGUCCGACCAGCCCGGCAGCGCUGCCCUCACUGCCGGCAGACUUUACCAACAAACAGUUCAAGAUGCUGCGCGUCAAAAAGGCCGACGGAGACUCACUCGGGAUCUUCAUCGCCAGAAACAGCGGUCACGGUUAUCUUAUCGCCGAGAUGGAGCCCAACGGCGCCAUAGCGAGGGACGGCCGUUUCAAGGUGGGCGACGAACUGGUGAACGUGAACGGACGCCGACUGCGUGGCUGUGCCCUCGAGUCGGUGUUGGACGUGCUACAGGACCCGUCGCCCGAGCUGGACAUUGUCAUAGCGCGCGACUUCCACCCGGACCGGCUGCAGCCGGCCGCGCCGCCGGCCGGUCAGCACGUGGUGGUCAUCUCUGUACCGGACACGAGCGGCGGCGGCGGCGGCGGCGGCGGCGCGUCCGGCUCUCGGGACGAGCUGCUCGACGAGCCGGACGACUCGCUCGAGUACCCGGCCACGGGCUCGGAGCCGUACGACGCCUCCGAGGCGGACGAGUACCGGCGGCCCGAGUCGGUGCUGUCGGCCGUCUCGGGCUACUCGGUGUCCAGCGCGCAGUCGGUGUCGUCGGUGCGCGAGCUGCUGCGCCGGCGGCACGAGCAGAGGGCCGGAGCCCGAUCCGCCAGCUCCACGUCCUCCUCCCGCCGACCCAAGUCACUCAUCACGUCUCUGCUCACCGUUUCCUUUGAGAAAGGUGCAGGCAAGAAGAGCCUCGGCUUCAGCAUCGUCGGAGGCCGCGAUUCGCCCAAAGGCAACAUGGGAAUCUACGUCAAGACGGUCUUCCCGAACGGACAAGCCGCCGAAGAGGGCAAGCUGAUAGAGGGUGAUGAGAUCCUGGCGGUGAACGGUUACAGCAUGCAAGGCCUGUCGCACGGCGAGGCCGUGGUGGUGUUCAAGUCGGUCCGAUCCGGACAGGUGAUUCUGUAUAUCGCCCGCCGUGAGCAGUACGGGCGACGGAGGACGACCAAAUCGAUGUCUUGUGAUGAACUAGAUUGCGUAGAAAACUGACGUCGCGGAAAAAGAAGUAGCAAGAACGAAGCCAAGUAGCAUGUGAAACCAAAAGAGUAAAGGGUCACACGUAUUCUUCGAGGAGUCUCUCGGAAGGAAUGUGUCUACAUGUGCUUCGGGUGCCUGUUUUGCUUGCCUGAGAGACAGCUGUGGGGAUGGACAAGCGCUGCCAGUCUGAAUCUGUCUAGUGUCAGCUUCAGUUUCGUGCGCGAAUCUCUUCGCGGCGGGUGAAUUUAACUAGGCCGCGCACCUCAGCCGUAAAGUAUUAGUGCGAGUGGUUCUUGCAUAGCUGCAGAGCGAACGUUGUGUGACUUGUGUCGGUGC